AUAGUAAUGCUCUCAGGAGAAUAAGAGCACAACAUUGCGCAGGAACUGCUCAGCAUUAAGACACAUCCUGCACUCUCUUCGUGUUCUUCAACACGAAAAACAGAAUUAUCUUCAUUAUGGAGGAAAAUAUGGUUAUUAUGGAUGAACUUUGCGAAAUGGAUUGCAACGUUUUGAAAAGGUUGUUGAAGGACGACAGUGCGAAAUGCCUGGUGCUGGACUGCAGAUCAUUCUUGGCGUUUAGUGCUGGACACAUUCGGAGCGCUGUGAAUAUCCGCUGUAACACCAUUGUGAGAAGGCGAGCGAAGGGCUCGGUGAGUUUAGACCAGAUUCUAUCGGGUGAUGAAGAGGUCAAAUCCCGGCUGAAAUCAGGACUGUACUCCGCUGUGAUCCUCUACGACGAGAGGACGCCCGACAUAGACACGGUUAAAGACGAUAGCACAAUCACUCUGGUGCUAAAUGCAGUGUACAGAGACACAUUUGGAACUGAAAUAUUUAUACUAAAAGGGGGCUACGACAGAUUUUUCACGGAGUAUCCCGAGUUCUGUUUGAAGACCAAAACGUUAUCCUCGUUCUCUACCCAGUCCAGUUUGGACUCAUGUUCUUCCUGUGGAACUCCACAGACGUCGCACCAUGACCAGGCUGGUCCAGUGGAGAUUCUUCCCUUCCUGUACCUUGGCAGUGCCUUCCAUGCCUCCAAAAAGGACAUGCUGGACGGCAUGGGCAUCUCUGCCUUACUCAACGUGUCCUCUAACUGUCCCAACCACUUCGAGGGGGUCUACCAGUACAAGUGCAUUCCUGUGGAGGACAACCACAAAGAGGACAUCAGCUCCUGGUUCAUAGAAGCCAUUGAGUUUAUCGACUCUGUGAAAGACUCUAAUGGGCGUGUGCUGGUACACUGCCAGGCGGGCAUCUCUCGCUCUGCCACCAUCUGCCUGGCGUACCUGAUGAAGAAGAAGCGUGUUCGGCUGGACGAAGCCUUUGAGUUCGUCAAGCAGCGCCGCAGUAUCAUCUCCCCCAAUUUCAGCUUUAUGGGUCAGCUGCUGCAGUUCGAGUCCCAGGUGCUGGCCACGUCAUGCGCGGUGGAGGCUGCCAGCCCCUCUGCAACCAGCCUGGGCCCCAAGUCUUCCUCCAGCCCUACGUCGCCCUUCAUCUUCAGCUUUCCCGUCUCCGUGGUAGCACAUGGCCAGCCCAGCAGCCUGGCCUACCUGCAGAGUCCAAUCACAACCUCGCCCAGCUGCUGAUGCCCCGCCCCUACAAAGUCUCACUGCCCCAUUCCUCUCACUAUCCAGAGCAAAGAGAGAGAGGUUCUCUUCUCCUACCUGAUAUAAGCUCAAAAGUCCAUUGACAAACAAAAACUGAGGGUGCCUAUCCUGCUGCCUGACACAAAAAACUGUAUAGAAUAUGGCACUCACGCAUACACCUUCAUCACUAUAUGGUGACUAAUAAAUACACUUUUUCGUAAAACAGGCUAAAGAAGAGAUGCAGUUCCUGUGUUUUAGUGUGAAGGUGGACACAGGAAGGACGGGGUGGCAGAAUUCUAAAGUUGAAGUCCAUCUUUUUCAUUUCCUGUGGAGUUUUCCAAAGCCUCUCCGGUCCUGUUGAGAGGGAUGAAUGGCCGUGAGCAGAGAUGCAGAGAAAAUGAAAGAGCAAAGAGGGGAGGGGGGAGAAAGAGAGUGCUCAGUCAUGUAGUGGCUUCCUGAUGGAGCGCAGGAGGCUCUUCAGUUGUGACAGGUGCUCUGCUAGCGUCCUGUCCGGCUUCCUGUCCCUGACAUCCCCAUCCUCUCUCCCACACACCCCCUCCUCUCCUGGAGCUGGACUGCUGAUGAAUGACUGAAUAAAAGAGUCCCCCCUGCGGAGGAGGAGAAGCCGCUGAGAUGGAGAGACUAGCUUUCUGAGACAGUGCCAAAUGAACGUCUGAGCCCCUGCUACAUAGCCCUUGGUGUUCCAUGUAAUAAGCUCGGUCGGAAGGACAGAUAUGCUUUUGAGGGGAAAGGGGGUCUAGUCAUUUUUUUCAGUUUUUUGUUCAGUGCCUUGUUCAGAGAAGGUAUAGGAUAUUUCUUUCCAGCGCUUUUGGAUGUGCCCCUUUUCUUUUCAAACAGACUGAGGCAGAUAAACUGGCAAAUCUCUAAACGGCAACAACAAACCAUUUCAAGUCAGCACUGCAAUACAGACAAUGUAAUCCUAUCUGUUCCUCUCCCCCAAGUAGAGCAAUAAUGCAUUUCUCUCUCUUCCCAGUUACCACCAAAGUACUACAUUGUGUAGUUCUGAUCAUGUUUUUAGCUUCAUAUGUGUGUAUUCGCUCAUCGAUAAAGACCGGAUCUUUGAGAAGUGCUGUUUGCCUUACCAAUAAUGUUUUUUUUCAAAUUCUCAAGAUAAGAAUGUUGUCAUUUUUCAUUCCUGCAUGGAGGCAUAUUGUUGUCUGUUACAUAGGUACUAUUUCUGUUCAGACCAUGGAUGUUGAUUGGUUUAAUGCUUGUUGGAGGAGGGAGUUAGUUGGGAACAGACCUAUGGCUUGUUUCUUUGUCUUAUCACUGUUACUCCACCAAUGUCUAGUAGAUCCAGUCUAUUUUCUAAACUUGUCCAAAUGCACAAUAACCAACAGGGACAAUUUCCCGGCCACGCACAAACACCCCUAAGAAAACAGACACACUGGAAUAUCCGACAUCACUGGGAAAAAAUAUACAUGAGAUGGGAGAAAAGUGCUAGUGUGUGCCGCCACUGGACUGACUCGUGAAAUGGUUCAUUGUUUUUCUUUUCAUGUCGUUCUCUGAGUGAAAAUAUUGCCUGGAAGCACUGGCACAGGCGAUGAUCAGAGCCAGAGCAAAGGCUUUUGGGAAAACAGGAUUUAACUCCCCUCCUCUUUUUGAAGAAUGUUGGCACCUUUUAUAGAGCACUUUUAAGUGAUGCAAUAUCGUAUUAUAACUUUGAAUUAAUUUGCACAUUAUUAUUACUAUGAGACCAGGUGGUAACUGAUGACACCUAUAAUGUGCUUUUGUUCUUGAACGAGGGUAUGUAUGUAAAUUAUAUGAAGAUGAGAGGCGUUCGCUGGUCCACAAUCAUUGAACAAUGCAAUACUUUCUACCUGUGUCAAGUGAAAUGCUGUUGUCUCAUCAUGGCAAUAUCAGUUGACAUUUUAAAAAACUUUUCCCUAUGUUUUUGUUGAAUUGUAUAUGCUUUAUUUAUUCCUAAAAUUCCAUUGUGAAAUACAACAAUGUUCUUAAAAAAAGGAAAUCUCUCUGUCUUACUUGCAUGAAAUAUCAUACAUGGUAUCUGGGAGGGACUACAGUGCCUUCAGAAAGGAUUCCCACCCUUAGAUUUUUUCCACAUUUUGUUGUAUUACUGCCUGAAUUUA